AUGUCAGCCGCAAAUCAAGAAGUACAAUCGCCUUCAAGUCCAGAUCAAGGAUCUGAUAAAAUUGCGAAAAAUGUUAAAAAAGCCGUCAGAUCAUUAGAUAUCGUUACAGUAGGAUCGGAUAAGAUUGGUCAGGGACCAAAUUUAGGAUUGAAAGAAUGGAUAAAUUUGGUGUUGGAUCGUGAAUGUACGCCAGUUUUAUACGUAUAUUUUGCUGGUAUUGCUAUAUUGGCAGUAAUUACAGCGUUAAUUAUUGUUAUAAUCGGUUUGUACUGCGAUUGGGAAUUUGCUUCAGUUUUUUAA